UUCCUUUGGAGGGAAGUUUGAUCGAAAAAGACAAUGAAAUAGCCAUAUCAACUUGUGAGGCGUAAGGCAAAUCCAUAAUGUAACCGAGGCACAUUUUUAACUGAUUAUUGAUUAUGCAGAGCAGCGCCGUGCUUCAUGCAGAAUUAAUAAUGGAUUAGCCUGUUAGCUGAAGUUGUUGUUUUUUUUCCUCGAGCAUGUUGCUGCAUGGAAUGGAAUAAUCCAUUCGUGAAGAUGCUAAUAAUUUAGAAUUUAAUUAUGUUUUGAACGAAUGUGGUCAUGGAUCGGAAGAAGGGGAGACUGGAGAGUCAGCUGUGUUCUGCAGUGAACAAUGGAGAACCGAGAUCCGUGCAGCUACUUCUUUCCCAGGGUGCAAUCCCUCACCUUGUGGGGAGUAAGGGAGUGGCUGCAAUACAUUUGGCAGUAGGCAAAGAGAAUGAAAAGAACAUGCGAUGCUUGAAAAUGCUAUUGCAACAUGGUGCUGACCCAAAUGUUAAGUCAUUAGAUGGCUUGACUCCCCUUCACAUAGCUGCAAUUUGGGGAUGCUAUCAAAAUCUGAAACUCCUUCUGAUGAAUGGUGGGAACCCGAAUAUAAAAGAUAACGAAGGAAAUACACCGUUUUGCCUUGCAGAACAGGAGGACAACAGAAGGUGUGCUCAGCUUUUACUGGAGUAUCAGUCCAGCUCUUUGGGCACAGAAGCAGAGGACCAGCCUCAGUUCAGAUACUCGGUCCAUUCUGACCUCACAGACACAUCUGGCUAUCCUGAAUCUCGCGACAGUUUCACUUCCCAGUCAUCUAUCGUAAGUGAACUUGAUGAAGCCCCUUUAAGCAGCACAAGGCUGUCAUCAUUUUUUAACUGUGCAAACAUCAAUGGAAGGGCAAUUAACAAAGAAGUAAUUUACAGCAGACUCUAUGAAGGGGAUGCGGCGUUGCAACAUAACCUUGAGACUAGUUCUUUCUCACAUUGGACUCCUGAAGAUGCCUCCCUUUUAUCAAGCACUCGCAUGUCUACAUUGGGUCCCACAAUGCUUUUUCCAAAGGAGAAUAAUAUGUUUGCUGAUGAUGAUGUCAUCUUGUCAAAGGGAGGUGUACCUAAUCAAAUCAGAGAAAAUAGGCAAAUUACUCCCACCAACCAUGACACACCUUCAACAUUUCUUGACAGAGGAGCAAACCGUAAAAGUGUCAGUUUCUGUGACGCCGACAAAUGUUUUCCUGUUUUCAGUCCUGAAUUUCACACAAAGAUACCAACUGUUGGUGAUACACAGGAUAAUGGCUGGAUUUCUUUCGAUCUUUCUGAGUAUUCUGGGUUCCUGGAUUCUGAACGUUUGGCAACAGUUUUACCCCAGCAGGGCAUAGAUGUCACAUCACCAGACCAUGUCUUUGUUUUCUCCCGGGAGAGUACUGAAAGCUCAGAUGAAAACAUGGACAAAACCGUUAUCAGUCACUGCACGUUGUCAGACAGCGAUAAAAACGGUGAUAAGGAUGUAAAAGAAAUUCAUGGAAAUUUAGACAAAGGCCCAGCACAUCCUAGUGGGGAGAGCAGUAGCAGUGGAGGCAGCAGUAGUUACAAUAGUUGUGAAAGUGAUCAUUACACAAGUGCAAUGGAUAUUUCCAUUCAUCCCAGCCAGCUGCCUCUAUCUGAAGAAACUACCAAAUCCGGUGAUGGUGAUGAUUCACAAGCUAAAACUGAUCCUCUAGUUGAUAUUUUUAAAAUUAAUAAACUGAGUUUGAUUGAAGAUAACCAUCCAAGCACUAACAUGGUUAAGGUUUGUGCAGAUCCUGCUGUAAUUACUUUGAGUAAAGCAGACCGCUCAUCGGAUGACAUUCAGCAAGCAAUUCCAUCUGAAAACCAAGAGCCAUUUAUACCAAGUCCUUUCGUAACAGAUCGGACUCAAUCGAGGCAGAGUUAUUACUCAUUGAGAACUAGCAAACCCCCUGAGGAGGGUACCUCUGGCCUAUUUGAGGAGACGGUUUCAAAACCAGUGCGAACUCGCAACAUAACUCCCAGAACCCAGAAAAAUAACAGCUCUUACAGUUCACCACAUCAUCUAUGCUUCACAUGGUCCAAUUCGGAAAGUACUACAGGGCCAGAUUCCUUGCACAAAGACUACCCAGACACUCAGUCCAACAUACCUGGAGCAGGUUCAUGUGUGAACUCAAGCCAGGCCGAAACCAUCAUCCUCCCCCAAACCAUGAGUGAGGCAUUUGUUGAGUCAGAGACUCUUUGUGACACAGUUAUCUUGGAGGCCAAUCACGAUUCCUCGAUGGAUUCAUAUGAAAGAAAUCUUGCAGACGUUAUCCAGGCCAUUCAAGGACAAGAGGUUGAACUUAUUAAAGAUGGGGAUUUUUUGACAGAUGAUGUGACAAGUACUGAUGAAGCAACAAAAAAGGCCACCGAAGCACCUUGCCUUUCAAAGGAAGAUUUUUGGAUCACAGAGGACUCUAGCUCGAAGGGUGUAUCUGUCUCUUCUUCAUCCAGUUCCAGCUAUUCCCCAAAGCGGUCAAGGACAGAUUCAGACAUUCUAAGCACUCCAGGAACUCCAGGCACUUCAUGCCCUCCCAGAUACAGCAUGAGUAGACUACUGACUAACCAAAGGUCACAGCAUCUGGCCAACCUUUCUUACACCCCUGGGGGGCGUCCACAUAUUGAGGAUGCAGAUGAACCAGUGGAAUACCUUUACACUGAUAUGGAACAGGGUUACAAACUGAUUGAGGCCCACAUUCCACCAACGGCUAAUACCUCUUGUGACUCCAGCAUGAGUACCUCUAGUAGUGAAGACACCAUCCUCUAUGACUGGCGUGCUAUGAAGACCAAGCUACAAGACACCAAAGAAAACCAGAAACCACCAACAAGUCCUAAUAAGAAGACCAAUGAGGUUAAGAAUAGAUUUUUGAUGGAGAUUGAAGGGAUGACAGAUAAGGAGCUCAGACGGAGGCUCAUAGAGGUGGGAGAGAGUCCAGGCCCCAUUAGCCGUCGAACCAGGCCAGUCUACAUUCGAAGGUUGUGCUGCCAGUUGCAGGACUUAAACUCUAAACCAUCACGGCCCCAGGUCCAUGUGGAACAGCCACAAACUGCACAUUCAGUUUAUAGCCCAGAAUUGAAUCUGGCCCUUCAAACUUUUAAGUUGCCUGACUGUCAGGGUGAAGAGCAGGCCUUGUGCCAACAAUUUGACCAACCGGAUCAGAACAAAAAGUGGAGAGAGGGCAAUAUCAAGUCCAGCUUUAACUAUCUGCUGCUUGACCCAAGAGUGACAAGAAAUCUUCCAUUCCGGAGUCACAGCAUGACAUCACAAGAAUGUUUCCAGACGUUUGUUCGUGCCAUUUUUUAUGUGGGCAAAGGAAAACGCUCCCGCCCCUACAGUCAUCUUUACGAGGCCUUGGAGUACUACAAAGGGGAUAAGACCUCAAAAAAACUCUGCUCCAAAGUGCAGCAAAUACUUCAGGUAUGGAACGCUGAACAGGGAGUUAUCUCACUGCAUUGCUUUCAGAACGUCAUUCCAGUGGAAGCAUACACAAGAGAGGCCUGCAUGGUGGAGGCCGUCGGGUUGAAGAUGCUCACCAAUGUGAAGCGCGGUGAUUUCUAUGGUGUGGUAUCAAAUUGGCCACUGAAGAAAAAGCGCGAGCUGGGUGUCCACCUCCUCUACAGGGCAAUGCAGAUAUUUCUGGCGGAAGGUGAGCGCCAGCUCAGGCCAGCAGAUAUCAGACACUAAGUAGUGAGAAAAACCUCAGACUUAUUAAGACAAAAUCUCCUACUCAACAUGAUUCCUGGACCCCAUUUACAACAACGGCACCCACCACACACACAGUCGUGCUGUAAAUACUGUACCAUAGUUGGUUGAUCAGGUUCACUUUUCAGGUUCAUUAUUUUUUACUCUUUAUGAUUAUGUACAUCAAAUUUAAUCAAAUUCUUACUUGUGUAACAUGGGAGUCAUCACACACUCUCUAUCAUUGACUCAGAUAAAUCCCAAAUGAAGUCAAGUGGGUUUUACCUGACGUGUUUUCUCGCAAAAAAAUGAAUUUUUUUUGCGCCAGCACAUAUUGUAUUAACACCUGUUCAUAUUCAUAAUUGCCUCCUCCUGUACAAAGGUCCCAGUUCAAGCUGAUGAAAAAAGUCACAAGAUAUGGUCACCAUGCUUUAUUUUUGGUAUGGUUGGUCUUUUGGUGAUGAGCAAGGUUGUGUUUUCGUCAAACCUAUUCUUUGGAAUUAUUGCCACCCCCAAAAAAACUUCCGAUGCAUCCGGCAAUAACACAUUGCUGUUGUGUAUUAUUGUGUAUGUUCGGCUUAGUUCAGGUGUUUUUUAUGUUGUUGUAAGAUAUAAGAAGUUUUCGUCUUUCUGCUCAAGCCCCUUAGCUCAGACCACAUGAGCCCCCGAGGGACACGGUCGAACGCCUACUCCAAAUCCACAAAACACAAGUAGACCGGUUGGGCGAACUCCCAUGCACCCUCGAUGACCCUGCCGAGGGUGUAGAGCUCCUGGUAAAAUGGCAUCCAAUAUUUUGAAAAAUAAUGUAAAAAAAAUUAAUCAAGUGCACCUUUAAUAUGCCUUUACUGUGCAAUACAUUUUAAGUGAAUCACUACUUUAAUAACAUGCACGGGUUGGCAAGUGGUGAGCACUAAAAUUGGAUACACUUCCAAACAGGCAUCAUUGGGAUCUAGUUGUUUGUACUGGGAUUAACAAUGCCAGGGUGAAUAUUAGGGUAUCAACACUAUUUCACAAUGUGUUUACCAUAUUUUUGGGACUGUAAGUCACAUCUGAGUAUAAGUUGCACCAGCCAUAAAAUGCCCAACGAAGAGGAAAAGGAAAACCUAUAUAAGUCACACCGGAGUAUAAGUCGCAUUUUUUGGGGAAAUUUACUUAAAAUUCAAAACAUAGAACAAAUAUGUCAUCUUGAAAGGCAAUUUAAAAUAAAAAUGCAAUAGAGAACAACAUGCUGAAUAAGUGUACAGUAUGAUAAUGUUACAUGAUGCAUGAACAACAAAAUGCGAACGUGGCCGGUGUGUUAACAUAACUAUUAAGAGUUAUUCAGAUAACUAUAGCUUAAAGAACAUGCUAACAAGUUUACCAAACCAUCAGUGUCACUCCAAAACACCAUUAACACAUAUAUUAAUGUGUUAAUAAGUCGCUUCAGAGUAUAAGUCGCACUCCCAGCCAAACUAGGGGAAAAAAACUGCGAUUUAUAAAAAAUACGGUGUUCGUAAAAGGACUAUGCAGUUGAAUUCAACAUUGAUAAAUGAUUUGACUUGAUCAAAGAAUGUUAACAAGCCCAUCAAAUUUGAAUUAAAAAAAAAAAAAAACAUUGCGUCUUCAAAAUGGGAAAAAAAAAGUCCAACACGCUCUGCUCAAAUGCCAAAUGUCUACUUGUUACCAUAGCUUGUUACAACAUGGAAAUUGAAUGAUACAUUUUUGUUGUUGUUUCCUAUGUCUUCAUAAAAUUCAAGAACCCCCUAGGGCAUCUAAACAUUAUUUGGGGGGGGUGUUGACUCUCAUUUUACAUGAGUUGGAAAAUUAUUGAUUAAUUCUUAACACAUCAAUAUCUUAAAGGGACUGUACAUACUUUUUAGUUAAUUUAAGUGCGCUUUCACACUAGCACUGGUUGUUUCUCUUUGUUCGGACCAGAGUUCUUUUUCUCAGAUAGUCCACUUCGUUUUGAAAAUGUGAACGUGCAUACGAACUCUGGUCCGCUCAAAAAUCGUGGGUCCCAGUCUGCUUUAAGCGCACCCUACUUGGCUUGUGAUUGGAAGCGGUGCAGGGUACCCUAAUGCUACAUUACAUGCAGCUGCUGUGACACUCCACGCUCCCUCCCCUCUCUUAGGAGGGAGGUAUUUCCUCUUCUCAAGGGUGUAGGUUUGCAUAGGGAGGGUAGGGACAUAACACUACCAACUUUUUUUUCAGGAUGUCAAAAUUAUCCCCACCAACUUUUAAGCAACACUGUUUGUAUGAUAUAAUGACUUCAGUUAUGUAGGUCAUUUAGAAUGUCUUCCCAUAUGUUGUAAGGAGAGAAUUGGCCCUACCAUUAUUAAGUGAAUUACUUUAAUUAUUUUCAGACUAACAUUGACCCCUUUUCACUUGCAGUCCAUGUUUUUCCCCUCACGUUUGAUUGGCUGUAGACUUGACCACCCACACACACACGCAAUCUCUAAACCCCCCCCCCCCUCCCGACACAAAUACAACAUGCCGCCUCCUCUGCCUCCUUUGAAGACGAAGAAUAUUAGAAUUUUUUUCCCGCUAGCAGCAGCCACUGUAAGUAAUUUCAGUGUUGUGGAAGUGGGGUACACACCACUAAUUUUGCUACUGUAGGUCCGAACUGCAUCAGAGUUAGCAUAACGUUAAUCUGUGUGAAUUUUCCAAAGUCGAGUAGGAAGCUGUUCUGGGAGAAACAUCCUCCUGUAUGUGUUUUAUACGAUUAGCAUUAACUAAACUGUGAGAAUUGUAGUGAACCGAGAUUUAUCAGCUUCACCCCAAUUUUCAUUUUUUAAUUUACGUAUGUGGUCUUAAACCAGCUCAAUGAAGCUUUCGUUUUUUUUUUUUGUUUUUUUUUUUUUGUUUUUUUUUUUGUUAAAUGUGGCUGCGCUUGUGGACAAAAGCAGUAGUGUUUUAUCUGAACGAGGGCUCAAUUUUUAUUUAUUUUUGUGUUCAAAUAUUGCAAUUUAUAUUUGCUAAUAAAAUCCAGACAUUUAUUCUGGAAGUUUUCAACGUUUCAAUGUUCUGUAUUCAAUGUUUCUUAAGUAGUUUUUGAAAACAAAGGUUUGAAUCAAGCGGUGUAUCACCUGAACCAACACAUAUGUACUGCAAAAAUACACCUCCUUAAAACUAGUUAAGUUCCCUUGUUUUCAGUGUAAAUCUACUGGAAAUAAGUGAUUUGCCAGUGCUUCAAGUGAAUUUUACUCAGAUUUCUUGAAAUAAGAAAAAUAGCUAGCUGAAAAUAAGCUUAACAGACUAAUUUUAAGCAAAAAGUUAGUAUAUUUAAUCUUUAAAAAAAACUUGUUUGUCAGAAAUGUUCUUAAUCAUUCGGGCUGUUCGGUCCCUGUACGACCAGUGUCAGAGUUUGGUCCGUAUUGCCGGCAGUAAGUCGAAUUCGUUCCCAGUGAGGGUUGGACUCCACCAAGGCUGCCCUUUAUCACCGAUUCUGUUCAGAAUUUUUAUGGACAGAAUUUCUAGGCGCGGCCGAAGCGUUGAGGGGGUGCGGUUUGGUGACCUCAGCAUUGAAUCUCUGCUUUUUGCAUAUGAUGUGGUGCUGUCUCACUGGAGCGGUUCACAGCCGAGUGUGAAGCGGUUGGGAUGAAGAUCAGCACCUCCAAAUCCGAGACCAAGGUCCUCAGUUGGAAAAGGGUGGAGUGCCCUCUCCAGGUCGGGGAUGAGAUCCUGCCCCAAGUGGAGGAAUUCAAGUAACUUGGGGUCUUGUUCACGAGUGAGGGAUGGACGAGGCGGGAGGCCGGUCCAUAGUGGUGAAGAGUGAGCUGAGCUGAAAGGCGAAGCUCUCGAUUUACCAGUCGAUCUACGUUCCUACCCUCACCUAUGGUCACGAGCUUUGGGUCGUGACCAAAAGAACAAGAUCCCGGAUACAAGCGGCCGAAAUGAGUUUUCACCGCAGGGUGUCCGGGCUCUCCCUUAGAGAUACUGUAGGGGGAGAAGCUCGAUCAGCCGGGAAGGACUCUGCGUCAAGCCGCUACUCGUCCGCGUUGAGAGGAGCCAGCUAAGGUGGCUCGGGCAUCUGGUUCGGAUGCCUCCUGGACGCCUCCACGGAUAUAGUGUUCCGGGCAUGUCCCACUGGUGAGAGGCCCCAGGGAUGACCCAGGACACGUUGUAGAGACUAUGUCUCUCGGCUGGCCUAAAAAUGCCUUGGGAUCCCGCCGAAGGAACUAGUUGAAGUGGCUGGGGAGAGGGAAGUCUGGGCUUCCCUGAUAAAGCUGUUGCCCCCGCGACCCGACCUCGAAGCAAGCGGAAGAUGAUGGUAUGGUAUGGUAUGGUAUGGUUCUUAAUUCAAGAGCAAAAAGCACAUUUUUCUGGAUUUAGGUGAAAAAUGACCAACUUUUAGAUGGGUUUAAUAAGAAAAAAUAGUAAUGUUUACUUAAUUUAAAUGGAAUAAUCUGAUGUAUUAACCUGUUAGUCUUUAACACUCAAAACGAGAUGGAGAAAAUUAUUCGACUAAAUUUUAAGAAAAAUUAUCAGAUUAAGACGUUAUAAAUUUGCAAUGUGAAAGUUAGUAUGAAUCAAUACAGAUUUAUUUGACAUUAAUCAAUUAAUUAGGUUCAGUUUUGUGAGAAAUGUAGCCCUUAACCCCAUUCACCCAAUCUGUUUGGUCUUAUUAAUGUCCCAUCCCCAGCAAAAAGUGUACAUGCAGGUUAUGUUGUGAUAUUGUCCCUACCAAUAUUGAGACCAAACAUACGCCCUUGCCUCUUCUAUAUUUGUUCAAUCAAUGAGAGCGCCUUUCGUCCACGUGAUGCUAAUCUGAAAGUUUGGUGCAAUCUGAAUGUUGUUGCUAGGUAGCUCUUCAACCAGACCCUGGUCCUCUUGGUCUAAUGUGAAAAUGCCAUAAAAAUACUUUUCUACUCCAUGAAUGAUCCACCAAUGCCCUGAUGAAUUAAUGACAUUUUAACUGGGACUGCCCAAAAUAGCCCUUUUUCUUACCUUCAAUAGUGUUCGGAUGAAACGCGCCUGUGCAUGUCUCUGGGGCAGCAGCGCUAUUUCAUCGAGCCUCCGCCUUGUCUCCGAUUGGCAAAAACACUUUUAUGACCCACUUAAGAGUUGCUACUUUAACUGUUUUUACGUUUCUGGUGCUGAUUUGAAUGACCAAAAGCUCGUUACUUUAUGUUCAUGCUUGUACAAGCUUGCGCCAUGCACGAGCUGCAGUUACGCUUUAGGCUCGAGCUAGCAGUUGCGAACAAAAAAAGUGACACAUAUUGUAUAGUCCCUUUAAGUUAUGGUCAGUCAAGGUGGUACAAUAUAUCUGUCUUGCUCUUUCUUCUUUCUUAACUGGUGAGUUUUUAUUAUAAUUAUUUUUUUUAAACUAUUCUGAGAAAUCUGCUGAAAAUUUUAAAAGUGGUUUAAUAGUGUUGUGAACUCUUGUUUAUUCUAUGUGUUUAAUGUGUCUAAUGUGUUUUUCCUAUUUCUAAAAGUUUACUCUCAUUUCAGUAUCUGUUGUAAUGUCCCCUUAGAUAUUUUGAAACAUGAACCAUCACACACCAUAGACAGUAACGAUUUGCAUUUCUGCUGCUAAAUUAGCCAAAUCAGUUUUUUUUUUUUUUUUUUUUUUUUUAACCCAAAUUAUUUUGUACAUAUUUUACCAAUUAAGUAAAUAGGAUAUUAAAUUGGAUGAAUGUAUGGUUCAUGAGUUUCCAUUUUUAAAUGAAUUUAUAUUGCAACAUGUUGAUUUUGGUUCCCUUAUUAUUUACAGCAGUAUCAGUGUGAUCAUCUCAACAAUUUUAGGAAAUGUUUGUUUCUGUAAUAAAUAGUCAAAA